UUGACCUCCAUCGACUGAAGGUGUUAUUUUGCGACGACAAAAGUGACUUUUUCGACGCAUUUUCUUCCGAACUUUUCGUUUCCAGCAACUUUUUGAGCAUUUUCUGCAUUUAAUUCAGUGAAAACCGGGCAAAAAUGUCACAAUUAACGCGUAAUUUGACGAAAUCUUUCAAUUUGUAUCAGAGUUUCAGGGCAUUUUCGACGUCUAGCGUGUGCCAGGCGAGGGACCAAGGAUGGCUGAACAAUUUAUUUGUGCGAAAAAUCGAGCCGACAAAGGAAAGUCACUCGAGCAAGUUGUCCGACAAAGAAAUCAUUUAUGAAUUGCAUACGCAUAACGUACGUUCCGACUCUAUGGACAAAUAUUUGGCGAAUUAUAAACAAACUGUGGAUUUUGUGAGAUCGCAAGAAGCAACGGCAAAUUGUGAGUUGGUUGGUUCGUGGUCCGUGACGGUUGGCGACUUGGAUCAAUGUGUGCAUCUGUACAAGUACACGGGAGGCUUUGAGCGCGUCGAUAAUUUCCAUAAUAAUGUGUGGACACAUCCGGAUUACAAGAAAUUGGCGAAGGAACGUGGAAAUAUGUUGCGUGCGCGUCACUUGCAAUAUUUGUUGGCGUUCAGUUUUUGGCCGGAAAUUACUCCGCGUGCCGGAAAAAAUAUUUAUGAGAUUCGUUCGUACAAGUUGCAACCGGGAACGAUGAUCGAAUGGAGCAACAACUGGGCUCGCGCCAUCAAGCAUCGCGCAGAAAAUGACGGACCCUUCGCUGGAUUCUUCUCCCAAAUUGGUCGCUUGUACAACGUUCAUCACAUUUGGUGCUAUCCAAGCUUACAAGCGCGCAAGGAAACUCGUGAAUCCGCCUGGAAAAUGCCCGGAUGGGAUGAAUGCGUUGCCUAUACUGUGCCAUUGAUCAACGACAUGCACACAAGAAUCUGCGUUCCCACAGAAUUCUCACCAACUCAAUAAAUUUUGGGAAAAAUCCCUUAAGUUGCCUGAAAAAAAUUUCAUAGACAUUAAAAAAUCAGGUAAAAACUGAAAAAAUAUUAAUUAAGACAUAAAAAUUUGUAAAUUAGUAUAAAAAUAGAUCAACUAGUAACCAGUGAUCAAAAUUUUUGUAUCAUGAAAUGAUAGACUUGCCAUUGAAAAAAAAUUAAACUGAGCCAAAGAGUGCUUGAUCUCACAAUUUAUGAGGUCUGAGAUGAGGAAAGUGUCAAAAUCAGCUGCAUUUAAAAAUUUAUAUUAAAAAAUAAGGCUCGAAUUUUGUUAAACAUUUAAUCAAAAGUCAAAUAAAAAUGUAUUCAUCAUGAAAAUAAUGAGAAAAAAAAAUUAUGAAAUUUAGUAAGAGUGGAAAAUUUAUAGGAAUUAAUGGCAAUAAAAAAAUAAAUAUUUUACCAAGUGA